ACUCACACACAGGUGUUAUACUGAAAGACAUGUGCGAUCGGAUGCGUGACUCAAUUGAUGGCCAGAAAUCUAAACACAAAGUCUUUCUCUACUCUACGCACGACUCACUGCUAUCUGUGUUGCUAUCGGCGCUCAACAUCUACAACGGCAUACCUCCGCCAUACGGAUCGACUAUUAUGUUUGAAUUAUACGAAAUUAAUUGCGGUGAUGAUCACAAGACAAGUGAUGGUAAACAACAAUUGUCUCCACAAUCACAACAACCAAUUGGUCACAGACUGGAAGUGCAUUACUUGAAUGUCACCGAAUCGGAGAAGUCAUAUCUCCUGGCCGUCAAUGGCUGCGCGUUUGGCACACGAAAUGAGACAAUGGUUUGCGAUGUGAAACACUUCUUGGAUUCGAUGAAGACAUUGAUUGUCGACAAUUGGGACGACGAGUGCAAAGACACGUAUUGGAGGCGACUCUUCCGGACCAUUGAAUUAUAG